ACUGCUCCUGUGGCUGUGGCAGGCCUGCACUUGACAGGCAAGUGAGGCAAGAACCUCCCGAGCUGCCUUCUCCCGCUGCCCAGACCUGCACCGAAAUGGCCACUGUCCCCCUUGGCUUUGACAUCGAUGCCCCGCGCUGGGACCAGAGCACCUUUGUGGGGCGCCUGAAGCAUUUCCUCAACAUUACGGACCCACGGACGGUGCUGGUGCCGGAGGAGGAGCUGGACCGGGCCAAGGCGCUGGUGGAAGGCUGCAGGGCUGGGCUGGUGCCGCCGGGAAGCAGCCAGGAGCAGCUGCUCUACGCCAAGAAGCUGUACGACUCGGCCUUCCACCCUGACAGCGGCGAGAAGAUGAACCUCAUCGGGAGGAUGUCCUUCCAGGUUCCAGGGGGCAUGGCCCUCACCGGCUGCAUGCUCCAGUUCUACCGGACGGUGCCCGCUGUGGUUUUCUGGCAGUGGGUGAACCAGUCCUUCAACGCCAUUGUCAACUACACCAACCGCAACGCCGCCUCCCCCAUCUCACUGAGCCAAAUCGGGGUGGCUUACAUCACAGCAACCAGUACAGCCCUGGCCACCGCGGUGGGACUCAACCUCUACACCAAGCGAGCCCCCCCCUUGCUGGCCCGCUGGGUCCCCUUUGCAGCUGUGGCUGCUGCCAACUGUGUCAAUAUCCCCAUGAUGCGACAACAGGAGAUCAUCAAUGGGGUGACAGUGACAGAUGAGGACAACAAUGAGCUCGGCCACUCGAGGAGGGCGGCGGUGAAGGGCAUCACGCAGGUUGUGGUCUCCAGGAUCACCAUGGCGGCACCGGGCAUGAUUAUUUUGCCAAUCAUCAUGGAGCGGCUGGAGAAAUUCCACUUCAUGCAGCGGAUCCGGGUUCUCCAUGGGCCUCUGCAGGUGCUGCUGUGCGGGGGCUUCCUCCUGUUCAUGGUGCCGGCAGCCUGUGCCCUGUUCCCACAGAGAUGCUCCCUUGCACUGGCUGACCUCGAGCCGGAGCUGCGCGACAGCAUCAUGGGCAAGCAUGGGGACAAAGUGCCAUAUGUCUAUUUUAACAAGGGACUGUGAACAGAGACUACCUCGGGAGCCAUCGCACCUCUCCGUCCCCCUGCCACUACCAGCCCCAUGUCCCCCGAGCUGGGCUCAGAGGCACAGUCCAGCCAGAUCUGCCCCCCAGCCCAGCACCAUCUCUGCUGCCUCCUUCCCCCAGAGAGGCAGGAUCUGGCUCUGUGUGCCUGGCUUGCAGCACUUUGGCUUGUCCUGAGCCUCCCCCCAUCUGCUGCUGGCCAUGUCCUUGCCUCUCCACGUCCCUCUUGCCCUGGGUGACGGCUGCGCUUCCCGUGCCUUCCUCCUGCCCUGUGCAGGAGGAUCUGCCCAGCCUGUCUGAGCCUUGUGCGGUCACUGGACUCGGCCCCACGAGGCAUCAGGCUCUCUCCCUCAGGGCUGAGAGCACGGUCCUACCUCUGAAAGCAGGUACCCUGCCAUUGUACCAGGAACCAAACCACAUUGCUGCCUUAAACCACCACAGUGGCCUCUUACCAAGAGCUGGAUCAUGCCUUGGCAGGCGGGAAAGGACCUGUCCCCUCUGCACGGGGAGCACCCCGAAGUCCAGGGACCAACGCUUGGACCAUGCAUUCCUUGCUCUCAGGUUCAGGUUUUAUUCACUUUGCGAUUGCCACAAUCCAGGAGAGAAAUACCUGAUUGUUUU